AUUAUUCAUUGACACCAGUAAUUAAUUGAUAUGCGUGAAUGAAUAUUAAAUGAGUUGGUACAGUCUCCCACAACAUGGCGGCAUCUUCUUCCAAAGUGAAAGUGAGAAAAGCGCUAGAAUCAACCGAGUCUCUAUUGGCUUCUCUCGUGGAGCGGAACAACUUACUCCUCCCUUCCUCGGGACCUUAUCCCUCCCUCUCUUCAAUCUCCGCUCCUGCCAUUACACCUGUUAGCACUAGCAGUGACUCUAAUAAUGUCACUGAUGGGGGAGGAGUCACUGCCAACAGUAGUAGUGGGACUUUUAAUGUAGAGCAGUCUCUGAUAGGAACUGGUGAAGGUCUCCCAAUGUUGUCAGAACCCUUAGCAGAGGUUUCACCAACUCACGAACCCUUCAACCCAGCGAUUGAUACGCUUUCGUCUCUUGUCUGUCGUAGUUUUAUUAGUGGGUCUCACGAAACAGAUCCUGUCUACCUUCAAGAGCAGCUCUAUCAGGCUGAGAAGGACCUCCAGUUAUCGGCAAAGAUAGGCCUAGCCCUCUCGAAGAGGGUCGGGGUUUUAGAAAAAGAAGUAACACGCCUCACAGAUCAAUCAAGUACUUUAGAUCGGAAUCUUAAGCAAGCGAGACACGAGCUCGCUACAAAAGAGUCACUACUGAGUCUUUAUUAUGUACAGGCUGAUCAAGACGAGGAGCAAAGGGGGAAGAAUGGGGAGGAGAAGGUCCCGGAAUGGGCAGCGAAUCUUAGCGAAGAAAACUCUCAAUUAAAGAAAGAUAACCAGGAGUUGUGGGAUGAGAAAGUACGACUGGAGCAAGAGGCAGAGUCGAAGGCUCAGGCUGAUAAAGUUUUCGUUGAGCAAUGCGUCCGACAAUUGACUGAAGCUAAAGAACAGUUGCUUGAGUCUCAAGCAGCUGCUGAAGCUCAGGAAGAAAAGACUCACCAGCUUCAAGUUAAAUUAGGAGAAUAUAAACUAGACAAUGACUCACUCAAGGAAUCAAGGUUUAUGCUUAUGGAUGAGAACGAAGAACUUAAUCUGAAACUGUCUGAAAGUCAAAACGAGCUGAAGCAUGCCAGCAUUGAAUUGUUGGAAUGGCAUGAAAAAUACGAUACAGUUCACACUUUAUUGAGAAAUGCACAAGAAGAAAACAAGAUGCUUAAAGAUCUAACGGACACAAGCAACGAUGGAAGUAUUACUCCUUCAGAAGGAGAGCAUCACGAGUCCAUUGUGAAGGAGAUAGAGGACGUCCUAAGGCGGGAACUGGUCGCUGCUAGCACUCUCACCGAUAGACCGGUCUCGCCUAAUAACUACGCCACACAGAGGACAAACGUUGUCAUGGAAACUGUAAAAGCUGCAACUUUGGCAACUGCUAGAAAAUUGGAAAAACUUGCAGCAGAACAAAGAAAGAAAGAGGAAGAAAUGACCCCUUCAGAGGACGACCUAUUGAAAGGUCUAGGCAACCCUCACUCUUAUUUCUCACCUCAGAAACUGCAAAUAGUGAAGCCGAUGGAAGGCUCGGUCACUCUCCUUCGUUGGAAGCUACUAGCCACACCUCAGCUGAGGGGUCCGUCUGGGUUUCUAGAAUCGGAGGCCGAGAAACAAACCGGUAUCCAUUUGAAAAACUAUUCGUCUAACUCAAGACCUGGCACGCCAAAAGAGAAGACAGGAGAAAGAGAGAGUACUCCAAGGAAGUGGCAUAGUGUAUAUAAUCUAUCUUCAGAACAAAAACAAGAACCUUCUCUUCAGAAGAUUAUCCACAGGAGACAUCAGCCGUCACCAAGAGGAGGAGGAGGAGUUUCUCAACUUUCAACUGUCGGGAAAGUAAAACAAAAUAUAAUAGGUUUUCUCUCGCCCGGCUCCGCCCAAAAUAAUAAAUCUCCGCCCACUGAUAGAGGAAGUUCAAACGACUCAUCAGCAGGGUUACAGGAAUUAUUAGGAUUCUAAUUAGUGCCCGAUUUUUUGCGCGCAGAUAGAACAAUAAUUUAUUUUUACUUUUAAUAAUUAUCACAAACCCAUACAAGGAGACAUCCGAUUCAUAUAUUUGCAUAAAAUUAUUAUUAUUAUUAUUAUGUAUAUUUUUUGUAUUAAUUUUGUUA